CAUCAGCAAAAUGAGAAAAAACUUGCAGAAGACAAACUUUUCAUUUCUUUAAAACGGCACAUAAUUAAAGAACGUGAACACAAAAAACAACUUGAAGCAGAAACAGCUAAAGAAGAACAACUCAGGAAUGAACGUGAAAUGAAGCUUAAACAAGAUAAACAGACUUUGGGGAAGACUCAACAAGAGAUUGCACAAGUUGAAGAGCAAUUAAUUCAACUUAAAAAUAAGAAACAUCAACUAUUUUUACAGCUAAAAGCUCUAAUUACUAAAGAAGUUCACAUGGAAAAGAUGAGAAAAGAAAGUGAUAUUGCAAUGAAUGUGAGAAAUGAUGUUGGUCCGCCUUAUGCACCUUAUGGACCCAAUGACAAAGGAAUAAAGCGAGGACGUUCGCCAGUUCCCCAAGCUGAUUAUUACAAACAUGCUGGACAAUCUCAAGGCAUAUAUUUGCCUUCAAAGAACAACGAAACUGGUCGGCAUGAAACACGAAGAGCUGUUUUAUGGUGUAAUCCAGCUAAAUAUGGAACAUCACCACAUCAAGGCUGGCCCAUGACAAGCAAUAUCGUCAACAACCGAUAUCCAUUACCACAAACAGUACCAGCGCCACAUAUUUUACACUUAAAUAGUGAACAUCAGCAGCCACCGCCACCACAAUUAAAACAAGCUCAAUCUGCUCCGACUCCGACACAAAAAACUGGAUCGAUUUCAAUUGAGAAAAUCGGUGACAAUAUGAGAUCCAAAAUCACACCGCAACAACAAGAUUUCACUAUUCAUCGUCGAAUUGGAAACGUCAAUCCACCUAAUCAAACGCAACAAGAAGCUGAAUUUCAGAAUGGUCCAUAUCAUGGAAAUCUCUUACGAUAA